GCUCUUUCCAUUUUUUAUAACCUGAAGAUUUUGUGAGUAUCACUCCUGCAUUUUUGUUCAAGUCACUAAAGAGUUGGGAGGGUUGUGGCGCCACACUUGACAGUCUUCAGGCCGACUUCUCUAGACUGCAGGAGGAGAGCCCGGUGGGUCUCAGGACCCGAGGAUAUGGUGGCUGGGACCCCGCUUGGGCACCUUAUUAAAAUGUACAAAAAUAGGUAAAAGGAGCUGUCAGACACAGCAAGGAAGUGCGAGAUACGCUUUCUCCACUCAGAAAAGGAGGGAGGAGGAAAGUUUGUCUAGGCGCAUUGAAAGAGGAGCCGGCUCCGUUUGGAAGGCAACGAGUCCUCGGUCUCCUUGCUCAGAGACAUUGGCAAAUGUUUCUUUAAAUGCCCGGGAGCGCUCCGUGUCACGAGAAGCAGCUCCGCGCUCGCGGGGGAGAUUUUCCGGCGGAGCCGAUCCCGCGCCCGCCUUCCGUCCUGCCCCGGGAGAAGCGCCGCCCGCUCCGGCCUCGCCGCCCCCCGAGCCCGAGCCCGAGUCGCCGGCCGCCGGAGUAGCGCUGCCCAGCCGGUAGGCCCGCGCCGAAGCGGGCGAGCGCGGCGGGCCCCGGCGAUGGAGGGGCAGAUGGCGGGGCUGUACGACCUGGGCCGCCGGCUGGGCAGGGGCCACUUCGCCGAGGUGCGGCUGGCCCGGCACGUCUUCACGGGCGAGCGCGUGGCCGUCAAGGUGAUCGAGAAGGGCCGGCUGGGCGGCGCGGCGGCGGCGCGGCUGCGGCGGGAGGUGGGCUGCAUGAAGCUGGUGCAGCACCCCAACGUGGUGCGCCUCUACCAGGUGCUGGAGACGCCGGCCCGGCUCUACCUGGUGCUGGAGCUGGGCGACGGCGGGGACCUCUUCGACCUGCUGACGCGGCGGCCGGGCGGGCUGGACGAGGCGCGGGCCAAGGGCUACUUCGCCCAGGUGGUGCACGCCAUCUCCUACUGCCACCGGCUGCACGUCGUGCACCGCGACCUCAAGCCCGAGAACGUGCUCUUCUUCCAGCAGCAAGGGGUGGUCAAGCUCACCGACUUCGGCUUCAGCAGCUGCUUCCAGCCGGGCACCAUGCUGGCCACCAGCUGCGGCUCCCUCGCCUACUCGGCCCCCGAGAUCCUGCUGGGCGAGGAGUACGACGCCCCCGCCGUGGAUAUCUGGAGCUUGGGUGUCAUCCUUUACAUGCUGGUCUGUGGACAUCCCCCUUUCCAGGAGGCCAACGACAGCGAGACUCUGACCAUGAUCCUGGACUGUCGCUAUGUGAUACCAUCGGGCAUCUCCCUCCUGUGUGCAGACCUUAUUGUCCAGAUGCUGCAGCGGGACCCCAAGCAAAGGGCCUCCUUGGAGCUCAUUGAAAACCACGCAUGGCUCCAGGGGGUGGACCCCUCCCCAGCCAGCCAUUCUCUUCUGCCGCUGACAUCACACCGGAGGGUUUUGGAGGAGGAGCACGAGAUCAUCAUCCAGACCAUGAUGUGUGGCCACAUUGCAGACCGAGAAACCAUCCAGGAAGCCCUGGAGGCCAAGCGCUACAAUCACGUCACUGCCACCUACUUUCUGCUGGCCGAACGGAUUCUGCGUGAGAAGCAGGAGAAGCAGACCCUGGCUGAGCAGCUCCAGAGCAGGAGCCCAGCAGGCAAGUCCUGCCCCUCUCUGCCCACAAAGCUGCCCCCAGCCACCAAGGGCACUCUGGAGACUGUCGCUGCGGAGUACGCCGGGAAGCCUCUCCUUUGCCGCUCAUCCUCGGGCGAGGGCAGGUCCUCUUCCAGCUUCCGUGGAUGCGGGCAGCCUCUGGGGGCCCUCAUCCAGCCCUCCCUCAUGGAGACGGGCAUCGCCAAGAGCACCCUCGCCUUGCAGCAGAUUUCGGAGGAGGAAGAGGAGGAAGAGGAGGAGACAGAAGGGAAGCCGGGCCUCUCUCGAAGGCGGACCUCCUCCUUGAACCAAGAGCAGAUGAGCCGCUUCCAGAGCACUGCGUCAUCCCUGCUCUUCUGUCGGGCCCUUGCAGCCCACUACAAAGCAGGGAAGAGCCUCCUCCCUGCACACGCCAAGUCCUCCUGCCCGGAACAAGGGCCUGGGAUGGCUCCAGCAGCUCCACCGGAGCAAGCAUCCCCGAGCAGCCAGUUAGGGACAGGCCGAGACCCACAGAUGGAGGAGCCUGGCAGCAGCCUCAGCUUGCAAGUGGGGAGGAGGCCUGAUGAACCCCCAGGGGAAGCCACCCCGCUAGGCAGCCAGGGAGGGGGCCCUGUCAGACCAGAGGGAAAGCCUGGCCGAAUUGAGCCCCUUCUGGCAGAGGAAGAAGACCAGAGUGACCUCCUUCCAUCGAGAGAAGGAGAUCCUGUACAGGAGGAACUCUUGGAGGUUGGGGGGCAGAGCCCCCAGCCCCAGAGCAGCACAGCUCUUCUGCAGGGUGGCUGUGCCCCAGGAACCACUGGAGCCGACCUGGUGCCAGGAGCAGAGGGCAAGGGCCAAGAGCUGGGGCCGCCCCAUGGGGCCAAAGCCUGCUGUGAUGGCCAGAGCCAUGGCAGCGGCCAUGACAGCCUCGCGGACAGCAUCAUCAAGCUGGACCCGGCGAAAGGCAAGAACGCUAACCUGAAGGAUCGGCUCCUGCAGUUCCCGCUCUGCGAAAAGGCCCUGGCCUUCCGGAUGCAGCCCAGCUCCAGAGAGAGCCUGCUGUCCUUGGGGCAGUUCAACUGUUGCCACGUCAUCUAGGCAUGCAAGAGAGAAGAGCAAGGAGAGCCGAGAAAGACCUCCAGGGGAGAGCAGGGUAGUGGCAGUGUCCAGUUGCCAAGGUCCGUGCUUUGCUGUCUAUAUCCUCCCUUGGGAGGGGCUUCCUGUGUGAGAACCAAGCAGCUCCCAGAAUCCACACGGCACCUUUGGCCGGGGUGUUUCCCCUUAUGUCCCACUGCACUCACAACUUCUCACACAAACCCUCUUCCUGGUCAGUGAUGGAGGAAGUCUUCAGCUUGCUCUGGUGCAGCUGGAAGCUUUGGAGAACUUGGAAAUGAGAAGGAAGCCAAGGCUGCGCUCCUCAGAGUCGACAAUGAACUUGGGAUGUCCACUGACCCUGGAGGUCUUGGAGAAGUCUUUCUAGGAGAUGCAGGAUCUCUCCAUGCCUCUCCAGGGUAAACUAGGGUUUAACUUAAGGUAAUCGGCCUACUACACCUGGGGGGUUAUUUAUACCAAGCAGGUGGUGGGCUUGAUUUUUCCUGGCAGAGCCACCUGCUUGGAAGUGGCCUUGGCCAUCUCCCCCUUGUGGUGCCUCCAGGCCAGGGGACGUCAUGCGCCCACCCAGCGUCUCCAUCAGCAGCUGUUGAUGAGCUGGCAGCUGUGGUGGGCCUUGAUCCUUUUUCUUUCUGGUUGCCCACUCUCCACCCUGGCAGAGCAGUGGGCUUCCUCCCUUUCUGGGCCCACUCUCUCUCAUUCCCCCAGCUUCAAUUUUGGGAGCAUGCGCUGCUGUGGUCACCACUUCGAAGUCCAGCUCACUCCUGGACCAGGACCAGGCUGGGGGAAAAGUGUAAGCGUGGCAGAGUCAGAUUGGGGACCUUUGUGCAGUGCAGGUGUGAGCAGGGCAGGCAGGUGUUCAUUGCUAGGUCCCUACAUCUGGAUUUGCCGUUAGGCUUGGUUGGUUCCUGCCUUCCUUCCUGCCCCCAGUCUGUGGAGGAUGAUAAGCCCUUCGGCCAGGCCUCUGUUGCUGCCGCUUCCUCCAUCCCGAACUCUCUGUCCUGGCUGCCAAGGAGCGUGUGGCUCUCUGAACCCUAGGAGACAGGCAGCUUUUUAUAGCAACUGAGGUAUUUUAGCAUAUUUUAAGGUUUAUCACCUGGGUUGGCCCUAGGUGGCCAACAUACCUUCUUCCCAGCAUGAACCAAGCUGUUGGGUUGCCCUCCUUUGCCUGCAGGCUGGAAGAAGAGCUCGGAAGGCCCUGGCUGGGCAGAGAGGGCAGAAGAGGGCACUUAAUUCCCCCCGCUCAGUCCCCCGAGGCUCUGUGUUUCUCCCCUCCUGCCUGGCCCCCCAUCCUGUGACCUGUGCCCAAACUCCCAUCCUCUCCCAGAGGCUUCUGGGGAAAAGCAGCUCUCCCUCUGUAUUUAUCCUCUUUUCUUGCUGGCAAGGAAUGGAUGGGGGGAGGGGAAGGGACUGAGCUCUUGGAGUUCUGUGUCACGUGCACUGAUGGGAUCGAAGGGAAAGCAAGGCCAACCCAAUAAAAUGAUCACUCUGGAUCCCAAAGCAACUUGUGGCUCCUUGUCAAGAAAAAGCUGAGGAUUUUACUCGGGUUGGUACCACUGAGCCUGGCUGUGCAGGCACCUCGGCCCUCGCUCUGCAGGCAAGCCACACAUCCACAAGGGGGGUGGGGAACUCAGGCUACCAUUCACCUCCCUAGGCCUUCAUUGGAUCUGCCAGAGCCAGGUAGCUUCAGGGGUCUCUGUCUUUCCCACCUGCAACCCCAGAGGAGCCUUUCAAGGGAAAUCUUCCAUCUCAGGCUGCGGAGGGCUUUUCUGACUAUACUUUCCCUUGUGGGGGGAGCUGCAGACUAGAGGCCUUUUGUGGUUUCUCUGAGGACAGAAGAAGAGCAAAAGGCCUCCCUGUUCUAAAUGUGUUUUGUUUGGCAGCUGAGUGAAGAAGCUUUGAACUCACUGCAGUGUCUGCUGUAUUGAAAGCCACUCAUUCUGAUGAUAAAUUGUCCUUUGGAGGACAGCUGCACUGGGAGGGAAAACUAAUACAGGGAGAUCCAACAAUGGAAAUAUGUCGUUAGCCUGUUCUCUACCAGUCAACCUUUUGACUGAAUUGUCCCAUGGGUUUCUUCUGGUGGGAGGUUUUGUUUGUGGGAAGGGGGCUAUCUCAAGCUGGGUGGGUUCAUUUGAAGCCAUGUCUGUUGCUCCACAGGAAGGCUGAAACCUGGGGAAUAUCUGUCUUCCCUUGGCCAUCAGCUGCUCAUACUUUCAAGCAUCCUGGGCUCUGGGGAGAUCUGCCAUAUCCAUCUGAUGCUUAAAUCCCAGGAUUGAUGUGGACCCUGGGAUUGGAUGCACCACUGAGGACUCUUUUUUUUUCCAAGUUUUUUUUUUAUUUUUUAGACAAACACACAUACAAACAUACAACGUAUUUUCUUUGAACAGAGUAUUUUCCCGGUUCACAAAUUUAAACAGUAUUUAGUCAUUUCAAUUAAAUUUACAAUUUCUAUAUUUCCUUUUUGCCAUAUUCAUUUCUCAUCUAUUUUUAAGAACCAAUAUUACCCUUCAUUCUCAUCUCUAAUCUUAAUCAAAUUCAGUUUUUCCCUUCUAUCUAUAUUAUACCCCUUCCCAUUGUCAUCUAUUUGUAUAUCUAUCUUCACAUUGGUUAGUUAUGUAAUGUUACAGUUGUUUAAUUCUUAUAAUAAAUCCGCUUAUUUUAUAA